AUGGCCUUCAGACCUCCUCUGUUCAAUCCUUCGCCUACCAUGAAACAACGGUUGCGGUAUACACCUGCCCCGUUCAUGCUUGGUCCACAGAGAAUGAAUAUCGCUCAACCGCUCUCCCGGGCUUCCACUAUCGCUGAAUUGGCUUCAAACAAUUCGUUACCAAAAAACAACCGGAAGAACAAGUUCAAGAAGAAGGUGGCUUCGUACUACGAUCAGUUCCCCAGAAUCCCACGUCCCAAGAGAAAUAACGUGUUGUUCUACUCGUCUUGGAGUAACAGUGAAAACAACAAGUCCCACAGAUUUCCAAACAUCAGGUUGAGUAAACGGCUGUUUUCCACUGCCAACCAGAAGCUUAGGAACAAAACCUUCAACCUCCACAAGAGGCUCUUUUCGGCUGAGGCCAGGAAACAACGACAACAACGUAGACGUUUUAUCAGAUGGUGGACCUUGACUUCGUUGGCCGUUCUUUUGACGGGUGUGGCCGGUAAAAUCAAAUACGAACGAGGCCAAUACGAUGACGACGAUGAACACAUUCCUCAUAACGAAUAUGCCAUCAAGCCCGAGUCUUGGCAGCUCUACAUCUAUUCAACUUUACCUUUGAAGGCUAUUUCUAGAUUAUGGGGGCAGGUUAACUCCAUAAAUCUUCCGGUUUGGCUUAGGUCACCUUCCUACAGACUUUACUCGACACUCUUUGGAGUUAAUUUGGAUGAAAUGGAGAACCCUGAUUUAACCUCCUACUCUAACCUUUCUGAUUUUUUUUACCGAACUUUAAAGCCAGGUGCCCGGCCUAUUGAUGACUUCGACUUGGUAUCUCCAUCUGAUGGGAAAGUAUUGAAAUUUGGUGUUAUAGAGGAUGGAGAAAUUGAACAGGUUAAGGGUAUGACAUACUCGGUUGAUGCUUUGCUCGGGUUAAAGACUGAGAAGUUAGCAGCUCCUUCACACUCGUUGGAUUUCGAACACUUGGAUGAUGAUGCUACGGUACUUGAAAGAGACCAAGAGUUUGCCAAAAUCAAUGGUAUCACUUAUACUGUAGAUGAUAUCCUUGGAGGUGAAUCCGAUAGAACUACUCACAAGAAUGACUUACAGUAUAAAGAUGCUGGUGAUAGAGCUGAUGCAGAUUCAAAGGCGACUUUGAAGAAAGAGUUAUUGGUUGCUAGGGAUUUGACUCCCACCCCAUUGGAAAGAUUGGGCUUAAGUGGAAGCAAACAGUUGUACUUCACAGUGAUUUAUUUGGCUCCUGGUGACUACCACCGGUACCAUUCUCCGACUAACUGGGUGGCUACAUUAAGACGCCAUUUUAUUGGUGAGUUGUUUUCGGUGGCUCCAUUCUUUCAGAAAACCUUACAAGGGUUGUUUGUGUUGAAUGAAAGGGUGGCAUUGUUGGGUUACUGGAAGUAUGGGUUCUUUUCCAUGAUUCCUGUUGGAGCCACCAAUGUGGGAAGUAUUGUGGUUGAUUUUGAUAAGGAUUUGAAGACCAACGAUAUCUAUGAACACGCGGUGUAUCUGAAGCUGAGACAAUCGUCUGUCGAUUCGAUCAGUUCAGCAGAUGAAAACACGCCUUUGAUACCCGAGAAGGAGCCCGAACUUGAUGUACAAGAGUCUACCAGUGAUUUGACUCUAGUAUCUGAAUCGUCACAAGCCUCUACGCCUAAGGCGGAAAAACCCAAGAGAUUGAAGAAAAAUACCGUGUAUGAGGCCACGUACACCAAGGCUUCGCGCCUUUUAGGAGGUUAUCCCAUGAAUAAGGGCAGUCAAAUUGGUGGAUUCAAGUUGGGUUCAACAGUUGUAUUGGUGUUUGAAGCUCCAGACAACUUUAAGUUUGAUCUACAGAUUGGUCAGAAGGUCAAAGUCGGACAAUCUUUGGGACGUUUUGUGUGA